UGUAUAAAUCCCCUGGUGUAAGUGCGUCACACAUAAGGAACGGUGUGCGCCAACCAGCGAAAUUUCCCGCCCAUGGGACGUCGUUGCUAGGUAAAAGGGCGCCCUCUUUUGUCGGCGCAAGGAGCCCAUAGACGUCAGACUAUUCUUAUCAUUACCUAACUUAAAGGUUGCAGACUUCAGUGAUUAUUACGCGCACUUCCCAAAAUUAUCACAAAAAUACUCACAACUCUCCAAGGUGUUCGAGAUUUUCUGUUCAUUUUUUCUAUGGGGGGCUGGGUUAACCAAUGACUUUUCGAUCCAAAGAUGAUCACCCCUUAAAGUAGUCCUGAAGGCCAUCGGCAUUUUGAAAGGGGUACCUAUCGUGAUUUGGCCGGCGUAGGCAAUUUCGGGUCUAUUUACUCGCCUGCACCCCAAGGUAUUGGAUGACUCUCGGUGCCGUUUUCAAGUCAACAAGUUUGUUGAGAAAAUAUACCGAAAGUGCACGUGUAAAGCACAGUCCGAAUAACAUGGAUUUAUAUCGCUGUUUGGUUUAAUUGCGUCUUUUACAGAGUCACGCCAAGUCAUAAUUAUGAGAUUUGCAAGUUUACGAUUCUGAUUGUGUUUUAAAGUGAUUAUACCGUAACAAAAACCGUAAUGUGUUAACGGUAAAUAAAAGGAAAAUCAUAGCAAAUAGUAAAUGAAAGUCUGUCCCAUGAGUGCAUGACUGAUUACAGGUUGUAACUGGUUGUGUGAGAAAUCCUAUAAUAGGGGAAAACGCGACGUGUGGUCGUCGAGUUGGUCUUCCAUCUACUUGUGCAAACGCACUUUUAAUUAGUGGGUCCUAGACUAGUUUGAUAUUCAAACAAGGUAAUUUGUCUCUACGACGGAGGAAAUAAAAAUCAAUUCAAUGAAAGGAAAUUAACGCAACCAAAUUGCCCAAGGGUGCCACCCGUUGCCGUGCUAUGGGAGAACGAUGCAAAUAACCGUUAAAAACCUCCAUGUCAGCUAAUUAACUCCGAGUUGCUGGUGGUUCGGAUCAAUGAAAUCGCCGCUAAUCGACAGAGUAUACGACAAGACAUUUUGCUUGAGACCAAAGACUCGAGUCUAGGGGGUUGCCAUUAGCUGUCUUGAGAUUCUUUUGACCGACCAACCAUCGAGAUGAAUUCCAACAUCCGAACCAUAAUACUCCUGAUUGAAUUGCUGGGACUAGCCGAUACUGAUAGGGUACACUCCACCACACACACGUACGAGUUUACAGUUUGCCCUGGCGGUUUUCAAUCCUUCGAGUCGUCGUGCUACCGUCUGGUUUCCGACUCGCCGACUGAUGGGUACACAGCACGCACUGAGUGCCAACAGUUGGCAAGUGACAGUCACCUGGCGUUUAUCCAGAGCCAGUCUGAAAUGACAUUCCUCCAGGGUCUUGCAAUUUCACAAGGGGUGGAUGAGGAUUAUUGGUUCGGUCUGACGUACACCAACGAUACGGACCAUCCUCACUGGUUGGACGGCAGCCUGCUCGGCAACUUCACGGCCUGGGACCGUUACGGGGCCUUCAACAACGCCCGUCAGUGCGUCCGACUCAGGAGGGAUGACAAUUAUCUCUGGAACGAUAGGUACUGUAGCACCCAGUUCGGCUACAUCUGCGAGGUCGAGAUUGCAAGUACGCAGUACACGUUUGUGACGGAGCAUUUAUCUUGGAGCGAGGCGAGGGACGCCUGUGCUUCGGCGGACGGUCACCUGGCCAUCAUCAACUCGGAGCAAGAGAGCCUGGGCUUGCAAGCUGCCACCUCCUCACUCUCUAUCCCGUCCAGCCGCUACUGGGUCGGACUGGUCACUGCCAUCGGUGGCACCGUGGCCUGGCUGGACGGGACGGUGCUGACUUUUUCACCGGACAACUUUGAAGUCGAUGAUGACUACGAGUGUUACACCAUGAACCUUGGGAGCGGAGAUUGGAGAGGGUGGGAUUGUACGAAGACCACGAAUUAUAUUUGUGAAGCGUCAUCGAGUACCUUACUGACGGUAACCGUUCAGAACAUGGAAACACUACAGACGUCCGUUACCAUGACCGACACACCAUGGGGAACGUUCGACCCCACCACCGAGCCAGAGGGCGUGGCCGACCCAAUCACCACACCUGUGGGUUCGGUCGACCCCACAACUACACCAGAAUACGUGACCACUGACUCCACCACCACACGGGAGGACAAUAUUAACCCCACCACCACAGUGGAGGGUUUGGUCGACCAAACUAACACACCCAGGAUCAUGGUCGACCCCAAAAACACAACAGUGGGCGCAGUCGAUCCAACUACCAAACCAGAAGACUUUGUCGACCCAACCACCAAACCAAAGGGCGUGGUCGACCCAACCACCAAAUCAGAGGGCGUGGUCGACAUAACCACCACACCAGAGGGCGUGGCCGACCCAACCAUCACACCUGUAGGCUCGGCCUACCCCACAACUACACCAGGAGACGUGGCCACUGACUCCACCACCACACGGGAGGACAAUAUCAACCCCACCAGUACCACCACACUGGAGGGUAUGGUCAACCCAACUAACACACCCGAGAUCUUGGUCGACCCUACAAACACACCAGCGGGCGCAGUCGACACCACCAAUUCACCAGAGGCCGUAGUCGACACCACCACCACACCAGAUGACGUGCUGAAUUAUUACCCCGUAACCACACCCUUUGGUGACUUUGACCCGGACAUUAUCGACUCUGACGAUACACCAGAAGAUCAAACCGUUUUCGCCGGUACUGGCCUCUCUGAAAGUCUGACCACCAAUCACUAUCGAAGUCUGGCACCGCUCACUACCGAAGGGGAUUAUAAAUUGACGGCCACGACUCCGGUUGACGAGUGCGCAUCCAGUUCCCUAACCUGUCGGUAUAGGUCCCAGACUUAUUACCUUCACGCCAAUGCCAAGACGCUGCCGGAUCACCUAACUCUGCAGACAGUUAAGGGCAUCAGGUCCGAUCUCCGUUGCGCGGGCGCGUGUCUCGCACAGGAUCGUUGUCGGUGCUUUGUUGUCUUCUCGAACAACGACUGUUUGCUGUCUGCGGCGGGGACGGACGAAAUCGGAUUGUUGUCUCAUGAUUCUGCUAAAAUUUAUUGCAUGGGGAACAACUAGAAGUGUAGCUGUAAAAUUAAUUACAGUACUGUAAGUAUUCCGUCCACAUCUUUCAAUUCACUCCAUUCUUGCUCGAUGUUAGGGUUCAUAGUGAGGGUUAAGUUCAUUAAACUCAAGGGACUGUUCAUACCAAUUCCAUUGUUGUAGAUCUCUGAAAAUACAGCAAAUUUAUUAUUUUACAUUGAUUUUUACACAAAAUUAGCUACUAAUCAACUUGUUGCAGUUGUAAGUCUACAUGAAAAUCGUUUCAUAUAAUAUAAUUUCAAAACAGAUGUUUCUAAUCAAUUUGAAGUUAUUGAAAAACACCAAUAUACGAGCCACAAUAAACCUACAAACUGAAAAACACGGAGACACAUUUUCCAGAGGAUUCAGAGGUUCUCAGAUAUUUUUCUUUGCAAACUAUUGGGGAUCCUUUUUGAAUAUCAUUACCGCAUUAAUUCGCCUAAAUCCAAACUCCUGAAACACUUUCGUUUUUUAAUCUUCGAUCAUUUUUUGGGGAUCGUAGUAAGAAGUGUGUGUUAAAGUAAAAGUAAUCAAUGUAAAUUCUAAUUGAACUGGGUGAACUAUUUUGGAAAACUUUUUUGGUGUGUAGCCUAGCUGUAACAAUUUUAAAGAAAUGUUAAUCAUAAUAUUGUUGGGAUUAUCAAAGGUUUGAGAAUUAAUGAAGUUCCCAGUGUGUUCGUGAAUGAAAGGAAAUCUCCGUUUGGCGAGCU